AUGGAAUCUGCUUCCGUUGGCAAUCAAUUAAUACAAACGCAAAGUACGCAAGACGCUGAGGAUUCUAAUAGUUGUGUCAUCUGCUCGGAGGCAUGGAAACGAAGCGGUUCGCAUUGUGCAGUGAGUUUGGCUUGCGGUCAUAUGUUUGGAAAAAAAUGCAUUGAGAGAUGGAUGCAGAAUAGAGCAAGGAGAUAUGGAGCUAAGGGCGUCAAUUGCCCCAUGUGCAUGAAGCCAGCGCGCCAGACAGAACUUCGCCAUGUCAUACCGUCUAGAAUUGCUGCCACAGACACUGGUAUUUCAGACAAAUUAAAAGCGGAAAUCGAGAAGAAAAAAGUGCAGAUCAAAGAGGAUGAGCGAUUCCUGGAUCAUUCUCGAUUAGCAUUAGCUGUUCUCAACAAUCAAAUCAAAUCUCGAGAGCGAAAUCUUAAAUACAAAUCAGACAAUGCCAUCACUACGCCUCCUGCACCAGACACAAAACCAGAUACCCCAAUACCAACAGCUGCUGAAAUAGAGACACGUGUCAUACCAAGUGAAAAAACAGAGGAAGAAGAAGAGAAUACACGGCAACUGCAAAGCUAUAGAAUCAGCUUUUCACAUCGACUGUCUGAAAAGCGAAAUGUAUCCAGAGUCAUGGCAGUUGACACAUCAAAUCAAACAUUCUACAUAUCAUUUAAAUCGACAGAAUCAGAGUCUGGAUUGAUUCAUUUGAACCCACAGUAUCCUACGAACAUUGAUUAUAUACCAGUCCAUGCAGGUCUCAUUAAGGAUGUCAAAUACAACGACAGCACUGGCGUGCUCAUGACAACAAGCUUGGACAAAUCAGCAAAGUUUACAUCGACUAUAUCCACUAUGGUGACAGAUACCAUUUCACUGCCUCUGCCUGGCUGGAGCUGCUGUUUCGAUCCAAGUGAUGGUUACAAAGUAGCCUGUGGUUUAUCUGACAGUACGGUUCGAGUGUAUGAUCGACGCCACACAAAAACACACAUGCAAAAACUUUGCUCUCCACUUGUAUCAAAAACGCCACUCCAUUCCCUGUUCUUCAAGACAAUCAACAACGAGUCAAAGAUCUACUGCUCUAAUCUGAAUCAAAUUUUUACAUGGGAUACGCCGUCAGAUUGUACUGUUUUGAAGCUGGAAGGAUAUGCAGAUUAUAGCCCUUACUCGUUAUCUGAUCAUAGCAAUCAGCAAGUCCUCUUAUCAUCUCGCAACAAAGCGAGUACAAAGCACCAGCUUCUCGAUAUUUCAUCCAAGAGCAGCAAUAUCCCUUCUAUAUUAUGUACGAUUAAUUCAGCAGCUCCACAAAAGGGGUUUGCUAGAACCUAUUCUUACCUUCCCCAAGGCACCUUGCAAAAUCCAAUAGUUUGCUAUGGCGAUGAAAUGUCAGGCACUUUGAACUUGGCAAAAAAGAACCGAGUGUUUCAGCAUUUCAAUAUUCACAGCUGCCCCCUUGAUAUCAGACUAUUCGACACUGAAAGAUUGGCCUUUUUGACAGACAAUCGGUUCUUUUUACUCAAGCCACUAUAUACUGCUGACUGA